GAUGAGGGGAUCCGCGGUGUCCCCUUGCCCCAGGGCAGCCGGCAUGGAGCCCUGUCAGCCCUUCCUCCGGCACGGCGUUCCGCUGGAGGCGGCGAUGCCUUGGGAAGCGGCUUUCUGGGGGGGGUCCGCCGCAGGCCUCACACCCUCCUGGGGCUGCCGGGGGCCCGAAGGUGGCAGGGAGAGCUGUCACCUGGAACUGGGCCGCUUGUCCACCCCUCGCCGGGGCUGGGUCGGCCCAAAAGGGCACCCCGGGACAGGUGUGGACUUCUCGGGCUUCCCUCCGGCCCGCGGAAAGGCCGAGCUGAGCAGGGCCCAUGGCCCGGCUCUGGGGCACCCCGUGGCAUGGCUGCGGGGUGCCUGAUGGCCUGGCUCUCGGGCCCCCCAUGGCUUGGCUCUGGGGCGCCCAGCAGCUCAGCAGAAGCCCAGGAUGUAGGAGCUCUGCCUCCAAAGGAGGGGGUCAACAGCAGCCUGUCCAACGAUGAGCUCCUCCUGGAAGACUUGGAGACGGAAGGAGAGAGGCAGCUGAAGAGCCUCCUUCACCAUCAGCUCGAUACCACUGUAUCCAUCGAGCAGUGCAAGUCAAAGCGGAGAUGCUUUGCCCCUGCAGCUUUCUACAAGCCUUUUGGGGAAGAGGCUGCAGGGGCUUUGACCUUGUCGCAGUUCCAGGCCCUGCAGGAGAGCAACAAAGAAACUGCCUCUCUCCGGGAACUGGGGCUCUCCGAUUCGGAGAUCCUGCUCUGGAAGAACCGGGCAUCAACAGGGAAGGGCUCUGGUCUGGGAGCAGCCCCGGAGGCCACGCAGGACCGACUCCAUGCCAUCCAGGAGAAGAUGGAAGAGCGUCAGCGCAUACUCGCUCUGCCCCAGAGGUUUGCUGGCAGCAAGCAGCUGAGCCGGCGGGAGAUGGAGAUUGAAAAUGCCCUCUUUCAGGGAACAGACCGCCACUCCUUCCUCCGGGCACUCUACCAUGAAGAUGAUACUCAGAAGAGGGUAACAGAUGAAAAGGACCCCAUGGUUCAUCUGGACAGCGUCUACCAAGAGCUGCUGAGCAAAAAGUGUCCUGAAGAAGUCCAGCCUACCAAGAGUGAGCCAUGCUUGUGCCCUUCCCUAGCCCCGCAUGGGCCCGUAGCUGAGGAACCAUCGCUUCCAGACCAGGAAGAGCAGGCAGAACAGGCAAGAAGUCCCAGCCUUUCUGCAACAAGGCCCAACCAGUCCCCUCCAACACUGACAAUUAUCAAAGAGCCUGUAGAGUUUGUCCCAGAAGAGGAGAUCUGCAAGAACCGUCUCUCAGAGGAAGAACUCCGGAAUAUACCCAGGUUCUCGUCCUACCAUCCUGGGGAGCCCAACAAGGUGCUGUAUUUGAAGAACCUGGGCUCUCGAGUGACGAUGAAGGACCUGGUGUCCUUGUUUGCUCGGUUCCAGAAAGAGGACAGCCCACCGAUCCAGUUCCGCCUCCUGAGCGGCCGUAUGAGGGGUCAGGCUUUCAUCACCUUCCCUGAUAUUCAGUCGGCCCAGGACGCCAUGCUGUUGGUGAACGGGUACAAUCUGCAGGGGAAGCCACUGGUGAUUGAAUUUGGGAAAAGCAAGGGGCGUUUGCCAGAGGCUGACUCUGCCAUCCCCUGCUCCUCGGCUGGAGAGAAUCCCCCUGCCACGUAAGGCGUGGAUAGCCAGGAACCUCGUGGAUUUGCACGGGCCAUGGGAACUCCUUGGUUGUAACUGGGACAGUGCGGGACUGUUGGGAGUUAACAUGCAGCUCCAUAGAUCUCAAAGCGGGGAAGAGAGAGCUGGGGACUAAGCUCUUCCUGGAGAGAGAUGGGCAGUGUCUUUACACUGUUGGAUGUACUGGCUUUUUCCUCCUGUUCUACACGUGUGUCUGCCUUCUCAGCCCUUUGUGGCAAGCAGGGAGGGAGGAAGCCAUAUAAAUAAAUGUAUUUAUUGUGAUAUUUCCUUA